GAAGUUGAGAGAUAUCUAUUAAUUUCCAUGCAAAAUCUAACCCAUUAAUACUUUUUUGGUAAUCAGGAUCCGAAAAUUAACUCUGGGUCUGAUCGAAAUUUCUGCUUUAGACAAGAUUUGAGUGAGAAAAUAGGUUUAUACUCAUUACUCUGUUUCUUUUGAAGAAUCAUCAAAAGAAAAGAGUAUUAAUUUCUUGUUAUUUUGGAGUAAUCAGACGACUUCAGUCACUCCGUUGAAGUUUCAGGCAAAAACUUUACUGUAAUCUGAUACGUAUAGGCUAUAGUGAACGUUGAUGGCACAGGUGGAAGUUGGUUCUUCUUCGGAAUCCUCGACAGGUGAAUGCUUUGACAGUAGUUUUAACAUUGAGUUUGGAGAAAGAAAUACACCUGAUGUUGUCACAGCAGUUGAAUUCCCAACCUCUCCGGUCGAUCACAAUGAUAACAUCCCCAAGCCACCUCCUCCUCCUAGGUCUAACUGUUCUAAACCCACAACCCUCUGGAAUUCAAUUUAUGUUCCAAAAGAAACAAAAGAUACGUGGGACAAAAUUUUCAAUGAAGGAUAUGGGGCUGAUGUUCAUGUACUCACGGACGAGCAAGUUGUUAUUCCAGCUCAUUCUAGCGUUCUCGGGACUACAUCUGUAGUGCUGAGGAAACUUUUGAGGGAGGCAAAAGUUAAAGAUGGCAUUGGAUGUAUCAAAAUUUCUGGAGUACCAUCUGAAGCUGUACAUACAUUUAUCCGCUUCCUCUACUCUGCCUGUUAUGAGGAAGACGAGAUAAGGAAAUUUGUCCUCCACUUGCUGGUCCUAUCUCACUCCUAUUCUGUGCCACCUCUAAAAAGAGUUUGUGCACAUUUACUAGAGCGAUCAAUGUUGACGGCAGAGAAUGUAAUUGAUGUGCUUCAGUUAGCGACACGGUGCGAUGCACCGCGCCUUUCUCUGAUGUGUGUUCGGAUGGUUGUGAAAGAUUUUAAGACAAUUUCUGCAACCGAAGGAUGGAAAGUGAUGAAAAGUGUUGAUACUGCGCUUGAGCAAGAAUUGCUGGAGGCAGUUGUGGAAGCAGAAUCUAAAAAGGAGGAGAAGAUAAAGAAAUGUGAAGAGAAGAAAAUGUACUCUCAGCUAAACGAGACAAUGGGAGCACUAUUGCAUAUAUGCAGAGACGGGUGUAGGACAAUAGGUCCUCGUGAUAAGAUGCUGAAAGGAACCCAAGUUUCUUGUGGAUUUCCUGCUUGCAAAGGACUUGAGGCCCUCGUUCGUCACUUCUCAAUUUGCAAGAUCCGUGUCCCUGGUGGAUGUGCUCACUGCAAACGCAUGUGGCAGCUUCUUGAGUUGCAUUCCCGCAUUUGCAAGGAACCUGAUGCCUGCAAGGUUCCCCUCUGUAGGCACUUUAAGGUUAAAAUACAAAACCAGACCAAGAAAGAUGAGGCAAAGUGGAAUCUAUUGGUGAGCAAGGUGAUAGCUGCGAAAGGCAGGUAACAGAAUCAGGAAUAUAUACAUACUGUAACUAGCUUGUUACAUAUAUCCAUCCAGAGGGCAAAUGACGAAUUUUAAUGUCAUCCGUACCCUUAUAAUUUGACGUCGUUGUAAGUUUACAAUUGAAAUUAAAAAUGAAUUGCUGCUUAAUAUGAAGCCAAUAGCUAUUUUAC